UCUCACAUGCUUUCCUAACCGUCUCUUUUCGAGGGUUUUUCUCUGCGCAGGUCUUCGCGCGGGACCUCAAACUGCGUGCCCGCCUCCCUUCCCCCAGCACUAAAGACAAACCUGGCGGGUCCUCCGGCGCGCUUCCCGGCGCGCGCGCUCGGGAGCCCACGGGCCACACCCGCCUCCUAGCAACCGGACGUCAGGUUCAGCCUAGAGAGAGGAGGCCACCAUGGACCAGCCAGCCGUCGCCACCGCCUCCACCACAAUAAGGGAAGACCUGGUGCGUGGAGAAUCAUUCAUCACAGCCUCGAAACCAGCCCGAAAGACUUCCUCUUUUGAAAGAGAAGGAUGGUGGAGAAUAGCAUUAACAAAUACUCCUAUACCUGGCACUUACCACUUGAAAACUUUUAUUGAAGAAUCCCUUUUAAAUCCAGUGAUAGCAACCUACAAUUUUAAAAACGAAGGAAGGAAAAAGCCACCUCUUGUGCAAAGAAACAAUCCAGUCCUAAAUGAUCUUCCGCAGUAUAUGCCUCCUGACUUCCUGGACCUAUUAAAGAAGCAAGUGACUACUUACUCAUUCAAAGACAAACCACGGCCAAGCCCCAGCACACUAGUUGACAAAGAUCAGUCAGUUCAGCUUUCUCCGGGGCAAUACAACGUGCUUCCUGCACCAGUUCCCAAAUAUGCUUCCAGGAGCUGUGUAUUUCGCUCAACAGUUCAAAGAUUCCCAACAACCUAUUUUAUUCCCCAUGAAGGCCCUGGUCCAGGUCAUUAUAAUGUGAAAAUACCUCCAACAAGCUCUAUCACUUCUUGUUUUCAAUCCAGAGUCCCUCGAUUCUUGCCCAGCUGUUCAAAAACCCCAGGCCCAGGAGCAUAUACAACUUUAAGACAAUUCCCUAAGCAGUCUCCGACCGUAGCCAAAAUGGGCCGAGAACAUAGCCUUUUCUUCAAUAACACAAUUGGCUUUUAAAAUAAAGCGAUCUUGGCACCAA